AUGCAGGAGAACUAUGAGAAUGUGACCUUGCUGGCAGGUGAUGGGGUGGUGAGGGAGAACGAGGAGCAGAAUCCUCACCAGGAAGCUGCUGAGCUAGUAGAACCGCAUGGGGCAUUACUGCGAAGAUCCAAAGGGAAUGUGUCCAGGCACCAUGAGCCGGGAAAAGCUGGUGAAAGUUACCACAGACCAGAGAGAGAGCAGGGAAACCACUCAGAGGAGAGAGUGGAUGAACCCAUGAAUUGUCAGGAAACUCAAAAGGACCUCAAGGAAAGUACAUCCCAGGAGAAAAUCCUCAGGGAAAAGAGAGAGAAUACAUGCAGUGAAUGUGGAAAAAACUUCAAUUACCGCUCAGCCCUUAUUCGACAUGAGAUAAUCCAUACGAAAGAGAGACCGUAUGAAUGCUGUGAGUGUGACAAAAGCUUCAAUCAUACCUCAGCCCUUAUUAGACAUCAGCGAAUACACAGAGGAGAGAAACCCUAUGAAUGCUGUGAGUGCGGGAAAAGCUUCACUCAGAGCUCAGACCUUUCUACCCAUCAGAGAAUCCAUACGGGGGAGAGACCCUAUGAAUGCGGUGAGUGCAGGAAAAGCUUCAAUUACCGCUCAGCCCUUCUUUCUCAUCAGAGAAUCCACACAGGAGAGCGACCCUACGAAUGCUGCGAGUGCGGGAAAAGCUUCACUCAGAGAUCAGCCCUUAUCUCUCAUCAGAGAAUCCACACGGGAGAGCGACCCUAUGAAUGCUGCGAGUGUGGGAAAAGCUUCACUCGAAGCUCAAACCUUACUACGCAUCAGAGGAUCCACACAGGAGAGAGACCCUAUGAAUGCAGUGAGUGCGGGAAAAGUUUCACUGACAUCUCCUCCCUUAUCUCUCAUCAGAGAGUCCACACAGGAGAGAAACCCUUUGAAUGCUCUGAGUGUGGGAAAAGCUUCUCUCAGAGCUCAACCCUUAUUACACAUCACAGAAUCCACACAGGACAGAGACCCUAUGAAUGCUGUGAGUGUGGGAAAAGCUUCACUCAGAGCUCAGCCCUUUCUGAACAUCAGAGAAUCCACACAGGGGAGAGGCCCUAUGAAUGCCGUGAGUGUGGAAAAUGCUUCACUCAAAGAGCAGCCCUUUCUCAACAUGAGAGAAUCCACACAGGGGAGAGGUCCUAUGAAUGCAUGGUGGCUGAGCUGGAGGUCAGCAAGGAGAAGAAAAAGAAGCUCUCCUUCAAGCUGGAGUCAGAAGGGUGA